AUGUCCGUCAUUGAAAUCACUCAGCUUCGUCUGAAAGGGCUGACCGUCGAUGAGCCAGAGUUGCUCAAGAGCCUGUCGCUGGUCCGAGGUCAACUGCGAACCAACUCGCGUUUCUUUAGCUGCAUCGAAGAUUCAAGCCUCAUCUUUAUUUUUGGUGUCUGGCCAAGCCUAGAUGCGCACCUGGAGUUCCUGGCUUCUCCAGCACGGGACGAGGUUUUGGGUCCGCAAGAAGACAUACUCGACUUUCGGUGGACAGUACACCUAGAGCUAGAUUCCGCUAGCCUGCUCCUGCUUGAUGCACCGUUUAUAGCAAUCGAAAGACUCAAUGUUGACCCAGGCCACAUUGUUGCCUACGACGGGGUCAUCAAGGAGCACGUGCGACAUCUCCAGAAGACUGAGUCCCUGAAGGUUACACAUGGAUGGCGUUGCGACAUGCCAACGGGUAGCCAUGAACUGGUCAUUCUCACCAGCUCGGGCUCCACGCGGCCUCACUUUACCUUUGCAGACGAACGUAUUGUGCCUAGCCAUGACAGCAACAACAAGGGAGCCUACCAGAAGAUCUCGACCCAUCAUGCCUGGAAUAUGGAGCGCACAAGAUCAGACGCAUGA